AUGCUGGAGAGGGUCCUAAAUCGCCACACUGAAGUGUUUAGCAAGGAAUUGGGGACACUGAAAGGAUUGGAAGCUUCACUGACACUGAGGCCAGACCAUCAGCCAAAGUUCUGUCAGGCCCAGGUGGUACCGUAUGCAUUGAAGCCUAAAGUUGAAGCUGAAAUAGAGCGCCUUCUCCAGCAAGGGAUUAUUUCCCCGGUCCAGUUCAGAGACUGGGCGACCCCCAUAGUGCCUGUCAUGAAGAAAAACGGAAGUGUGAGGAUAUGUGGAGAUUUUAAGGUGACUGUGAAUCCAGCCCUGUGCGCUGAACACUACCCAAUACCUCGCAUUGAGGACUUGUUUGCGUCCUUGUCUGGGGGACAGCGUUUCAGUAAACUGGACCUUUCACAGGCAUACCUUCAGGUACCGGUUAAGAGGGAUUCUAGGAAAUACCUGACAGUCACCACCCACAAGGGCAUGUUCUGUUACAAUCGUUUACCAUUCGGAAUCACCUCUUCGCCCUCCAUAUUCCAGAGGAUUAUGGACCAAGUGCUCCAAGGGCUGCCAAACGUACAUUGUUUUCUUGAUGAUAUUCUCAUCACAGGCCAAGAUGAUGCGCACCAUCUGAGGAAUCUCGAAGCGGUACUGAGUCGCCUUGAAAACUUUGGGCUCCGAGUUCAAAGAGAGAAAUGUGAGUUCUUCAGGAGCUCGCUAGAGUACUUGGGGCACACGAUUGACUCUGUAGGGCUUCACAAGUCUGAUGAUAAGAUCAAAGCCAUUGUAGAGGCCCCUUGGUGGAUCGAGCGCAGGAGGACCAACAACGUCACCGUGAUGCACACUCUAAAGAAAGAAAGUUUGAAGUGGGAGAUCCAGUGCUUGUCCGGGACUAUCGGAAAGGGGAGGAUAAGUGGAUGA